GUUUUGUGUCAAGUGUUUACAACUGCCCAAAAUUCACUAGUUAGCCCUAAUUUUAGAUGAUUUUCCCUCUGUUUUUACUUUCCCAUAUUCCCUCUCAUCGGCCGGCGAUUUCUGCCGGUGCAUCAUCUCAACACACUCAGACAAAACCAAACGGUUGACGGGCUGACACCAUCGCCGCUGUUCCACUUCCCCGGCCAUAUCUCGCGCCACCAGUAACUUAUUGAAAGUGUGCCCAUGGACCUUUUAGAUGAUAUUUUUGCUGGAGGUGCUUCAAAGACUGUCAAGGCUGGUGGCAAGUUUCAACCCAAGGCCAAGCCCCGCCCGGUGAAGAAAGGUCCAGCUGUUGCAUCCUCUUCUUUGACGUCAAAACCCACUGGUGAUACUGUAGCAACUGAUUACUCUGAAGGUUUUAAGAGUGCAAAAAAUUCUCAAAAUUGCGAUGAACAAAGCCCCGUGUUGGCAGAACCUUCCUUGGGGCGUCCUCUUGCUGCAGAAACUUUGGUUCCAUCCGUUGGUUCAAGUCUAGAUGCAAGUAUGGUAAUAACUGAUAACAAUGAAGAUUGGAAAUCUUGCUUUGAGAAAUCUGAGGGAGAGAAUGCAGACAUAUAUAUAGGUUUGGAUUCAUUUGAUGAUUUACUUCCUCACUCAAGUGGCAUAGAUCCAUCUGCUGCUCAUGCUGCUGGUGCAGAGAAGCGACAAGAACAGCUUUUAAUUCCAGUUUCUUCAGUUGAUGAUUCAGCUCAUAGUGCUUCCAAUCUUCAAUCUGAUGAGGUUGCAGCAGGCCAAGAUCCAUUAACAUUCCAAGCAAGUGUUCUUUCUGUUAGUGGAAGUUGUCAGAUGGAAAUGGACACCUACUCUUCCUUGGAAGCUGAUAUCCUUGGGGUAACUACUAUAUCUGGGCAGAGUAGAAGAUUCCAACCCAAGCCCAAGUUACAAGUAUACAGAGAAAGAUAUGAUACAAUAAUUCCUGAUUUAGAUGUAGGAGAGUCUGUGUCAUGUCUGCCAGAUUCACAAUCCGUUCAUUCUGAAAUGGAUUUUGUGAAUUCUGAGAAGGAACAUGGAUUACCUGCUGCUGAUGUCCUUGAUUUCUCAGUCAGAGGAUUUGAUAAUAAUAUUAUUACAGAAUCUGCACAUGAGUUCCCAGUUCAUGAAGAAUAUGUUGUUGAGGCUUCUCUUCCAGAUGCUGACAUCCCAGCAAAUCACUCUGAGGCUACUUCUCAAAUGCCUGAGGAAUCUGUACCACAGAGGCCUAAGAAUAAAAAGCAAAAAUUCCCUGCAUCUGAACUUUCUGCAAUUAGUGAAGAGAACGGAGAGAGUAAAGAGAACGGAGAGAGUAGAUCAUUAAGGAGUAGAAGAAAGUCCGUGAAUGCAUCUAGACUAGUAGAUGAGUCUGAUGAAGACGUAAUUGGUGAUGGGGAAUAUGUGCCUGAACAUCCUAAUGAUUCUGUUACAAUUGGGAAUGAUGAGGAGUUUUUGGUGGAAAAUGACUCACAAGGGAAAAAGGUACAGAAGAAGUCCAAGAAAACAGUUACUAAGGAAGGAAAACGAGUUAGGAAGAGUAAAAAGACUGCUGAAGCUUCUGAUCAGGCAGCCAACAAGAAGCCUAAGAAGUUUUCUCAUUCCACUCGUCAAAAGAGGAGAACAGUGGACAAGGCUUUGCUUGAGGCUCCCAUGGAUGAGAUUGACUAUUCAAAGGUGCCUAUUAAGGAUCUAAUUUUAUUAGCUGAGCACAGAGAGCGGUUGGCGAAAAAAGAUGCAGCAGUGUCACAGAUACCUCCUCCUACUACAGAUCAGAGUGCUGGUGCAUCUGUUUCUAAUUAUGAUGAGGAUGAGACCUAUGCUUCAGAUGAAGAUGGGGAAGCUGAUGAUCAUAAUAAAAGUACUAUGGGUGAAGAUACUUCUUCCUACUUCAAUUAUCAGACUUACAUGGACAAAACCCCCAGCACAAGGUGGUCAAAACAGGACACAGAACUUUUCUAUGAGGCUGUGCAGCAGUUUGGGACAGAUUUAUCCCUUAUACAACAACUUUUUCCUGGCCGGACACGUAGACAGCUAAAGCUAAAAUACAAGAAAGAAGAGCGGCAAAAUCCAUUUAGGCUUCAUGAUGUUCUAACAAAUCGUUCGAAAGAUCAUUCCCACUUCGAACGAGUAAUCGAGCAUUUAAAGCAAAUUGAAGCUGAGGAAUUGCAGUACGCUGAUAAAGACGAGUCAAUUGACUUGACUGGGGAGGAGGAAAUGGAGGGGAAUCAGGAGAUCUGUCAGGAAGAAGCGAAGUCUGAACAUGUUGAGGAAAAAGAAGUUGAAACAGUGGAGCAAGAUGUUCCGGGAAUGGAGAACCCAGUUAAGGAGUAUGAUGAUGAUGAAGAUGAUUUCAUGAAAUGGAGUCAGUAUACGAGUGAAGUGUGAAUGUUAAGUUUCAGUUAAUCUAUAUUCUCCUGCCACAAGGAUCUUUACAUCUCUUUUUGUUGUAUUCCUUUUUGAACUCGGGCCAACAAUAUGGCGUACUUGAGAUAAUCAUUUCAACGGAAUAUAGCAAAAGGGGCAAGUGUUAUUUAUAUGUAUUGACAAUGUAAAGAAAAUUUGUUCUGAUAAGUCAGUUUAAUCGUGUAAAAAAUUCUUCGUACUACUAAAGUUGAAAUAUUCAACAGUAUACUCUCA